AUGCGCUUCAUGAAACUUGCAAGUCUUCUUGCUCUGGCAAGUCCUAUACUCGGGAAACUUGACAAGCCCGUCUUGUGCCCCUGUGUGGACUUCAACCAUGUUGACGACGACCUGUUCCAAGCUCUUCCACAGAGACCGUACACUCUCACAAAGUGGCCGUGGGGAAAGCUGCCCAAACAAUGCAAAGUCGUGGCCAAUCAGGAAGGCCUAAAUCCCUACGACAUGGAGGUCUACGAUGUUCUUUAUGAGGAUUGUCCCCAGCCUUGGGUGAUCUGUCACCAUCACAAAUCACCGAAUCCUGUCAAAGAAAUGGCCGACAACUUUGCUCGCCUCCCUAUCGGCUUGCGCAACUACAUUCGAAUCCAAUUCGCGGCUCCGAUGAAAAACGCCAUGAUCGGCGCUUGCACAACCUAUCCUCGGGGCGAUGUGAUAUACUACGGUAAUACUACCAAGAGACUUCAGGACUGGGUUCACGAGGCUGUUCAUGGCGUCGAUUACUACCUUGGGCACAAGAAGUAUGGCAAGAUGUACUCAGACACAGAUCUGUUUAUCAACGAGUUCAACAAGGAUGACUUUGUCAGCGAUGAUUAUGCCAAACUUUCAUAUCGCGAGGCUUUUGCCCAGAUGGGUGUACUUGCCACGAUCGAAAAGUUCAUACCUGGUAGAAUGGCUUCUUUCCAAUCAAAUUGGGAUAUCCUUUCUCAUCAAUUUUCUGCUGUGUCUACCUUCUUGGACGAGACCCUGUCACUCGACGGUAUGUGCGACCGACAGGAUAAAGAUUACGAGAUUGUUUGUAUGGGACCUGCGGCAGGUUGUGAAAGCCCACCGAGUGCCAAACUUAUGAUAAGGGACAACGAAGCGAUAGGCAAGGAUGGCAGCGAGGCGAUCACCGGGAAAGUCAUCGACACCUGCCAGGGGCAAUUCGAAAACCCGCUCUAA